CGCAGUUGGACGGUGCUCGAUCAAAGUAGCACUGCAUACGCUCCAAGUGCUAGAGACCCUUUUCCUCCAAUCCAAGUUGUGACGUUGUAGAGUGGCUUUGCUUGUGACCACCUGGGGCUCCGUGUGAACAUGGACCCUGGGCAUGAUCACCUCGACCUGAACACGACACAACCCACCUGCCCAUUGCACCCGAGGCCUGACAGCUGCGUUCUCUGUCUCCCUUCCAUGCACUGCCUAUAGCAGCCCUGUUCCUGCACCGCAGCAGGCUCCCACGCCCAGCAUGUCCUCCGCUCGCUAUGCCCCCUCCAGCGCCCACUCGAUGCCCCAGCAGGCCGCAUACCGCGCUCCCGCCCCUGUACCCGCGUCCAAUGCCCCGCCAGGCACCUUCGCGCCGGGGACCAAGGUCCAGGUGGGCAGCCACCGCGUGGUCAUCGAGAAGUAUCUCUCGGAGGGUGGUUUUGCGCACGUCUACCUCGUCCGCGUCCCCAAGACCGACGGACACACGCCAGAGACUGCCGUCCUGAAGCGCGUGGCCUGCGCAGACCGAGACGCGCUGGCCAACAUGCGGACGGAGGUCGAGACUAUGAAGAAGCUCAAGGGGCACCACAAGAUCGUUACCUACUUCGACUCACAUGCGUCGCAGUUGAAGGGUGAUGGAUACGAGGUCUUCCUGCUCAUGGAGUUCUGCUCCGGCGGUGGUUUGAUCGACUUCAUGAACACUCGCCUGCAGCACCGCCUCACCGAGCCCGAGAUCCUGCACAUCUUCUCUGACGUUGCCGAGGGCGUCGCGACGAUGCACUACCUCAAGCCGCCGCUGCUCCACCGGGAUCUCAAAGUUGAGAACGUCCUGAUCACGGACGCAGGCGGUCAUAAGAUAUACAAGCUGUGCGAUUUUGGGUCUACUGCGCCACCGCGGCCGGCUGCUACUACAGCUGCGGAGGGAAGGCUGAUUGAGGACGACGUGCAACGGCACACCACCCUGCAAUACCGCAGUCCAGAAAUGAUCGACGUCUACCGCAAACAGCCAAUAGACGAGAAGAGUGAUAUAUGGGCAUUAGGAGUGUUGCUAUACAAGUUGUGCUACUACACCACCCCUUUCGAGGAAGUGGGGCAGAUGGCUAUCUUGAAUGCAACCUUCAGGUACCCGCACUAUCCGCCAUUUUCAGACAGAAUAAAGGCUUUGAUAGGAUCCAUGCUGCGCGAAAGCCCACAGCAACGGCCAAACAUCUACCAAGUUGUAGCCGAGACUUGUGCCAUGCGCCACCGAGCUUGUCCAAUCAAAGAUAUUUAUUCCGGUCGAACACACUCCGAGGCUCGACGAAACGAGCAGCUGCCGCCGACAGAACCCCAGAUUGCUUCACCACCCCCGGUGAUAGGGCUCCAGAAGGUUGCGCCAGUGCAAAAAGUACAGCAUAUUCCAGACAUUGCCCCAAUGAGAAGAGGUCGGCCUACUGCCCCUGUGCAGCAACCUCCAGCAGCGAAGCCAAGUGUCUCUCCAAUGAGAGGUACGGCGUCGGACCCUUUCGCAGCUCUAGACAGCCAGGACGUGCAGGUUCGUCGUGCGGCCGCAGAUGAACUUGCGUCGCGCUUCCCGUCUCUGGACGAGUUUUCCUUGCUUCACGACCGUGGCCAGAAGUUCGAGUUCGGGGCGUCUGGCGAUCCUCUGAACAAGCGUGUGACUGAGGCGCUCGCCGACGAUGCAUUCGCACUGCCACCUGUCUCCAAAGUCCCAUCAGCGCCUGGAACUAAGUCUUCUUCCACUGCGCCUUCGGCUACCGUAUCGAGAACGGCGUCGAUCAAGAAGUCAAAACCUUACGAGGCCAGUGAGAGUCCUCGCGUGUCAAGCUCAACGAUACAACAACCGAUUCCGAAACACAGCGGCAUGGUUUCUACAGGCGUACAAACUUCACCAGCUCCCUCUCCAGCGCCUUCGCCUUACCCAGAUGUCAGCAAGCGGCCGAUCUGGAAAGUGCCCCUUUCUGGCAGCCACCACCGGACACAAAGUCAACCGCGGAAGUUUGAAAAGGCAGAGGGCAGUUCUUCCCUGAAGCCCUCUGAAUUUGCGUUACCUGUGAGACCAUCCUUGGAGUUGCGCUCGAGAUCCCACAUGUCGAAUUUGAACAUACCCAAAUCGCCUGCGUCGUCCAGGCCGUCUCUGGAGGGCUCACGUCCUUCUCAGCUUGACAUUGGAAGUACAAUCGAUCGCUCCAGAUCUGCAAACUCGAACGCUCGACCAGCCAGCAUGCAUGUAGAGUCCAACCUGGACUUCCUCAGGGAGCGGGAGUCGGCGCCUGGUCGCAACUUCGAUGCGCCCUCACUGAUACGCCGUACUACAUCAAACGCUAUCGAUGAUUCCGACGCGGAUUCUGAUGCUAGGAACGUCAGGUCUAGCGUGGAUUUUCUCCGCCAGAUCGAAGGAGAUCCCAACCAAAAGCAAAAGCAUCGCCGUAGUAGUUCGCAGUCUAAGCACAUGCGACUCGGUAGUCUGUCGUCAAUCACGAGUAAUACCAAAAGCAUCGUGAAAGGCAGAUUUGGAGACGCAUUCCGUCGCUUCGAGACAAACAACAAGACCCCAGAGCAUGAGCGCCCAGAGCCGAUCGCAUCGCCCAUCGAACCUCAUCACGAUUACACGUCGAACCACCGCGAUCUUACACCCAUCGCUGGCUCCAUCGCUUCGCUGGCCCCCACCGAGAACGACCGUGGGCCCAUCGAUGAGACGCAAGACCUGUCACCUGAGGUCCGCAGGGAGCUUGAGAGGCGCAGGCUUAGCGAAGAAGAGCGACGGGUGGAAGCUGCUGCUGCCGAGUACAAGCAACGACUUGCCUCACAAGCUCAGGGCAAGCCUAGGGUUCCUUCGAAAGCAACGGCGAUACAAAACCGUGUCAAGAACCUUCUCGAUGAGAGCAGCAAACCAGCGCCAAUCAACCGCACUGCUGCGGGCUAUGGCAAGUAUACAGACACUGACAAGCCGCUGCCUGUCAGGCCAGAAGAUCAGAGCGGCAUGCGUCCACCCACAGUCGCACGCAAGGCUGUCAACGUUGGUGGACCGCAAGAUCUUGCAUACACCAAGCCGUCUGGUCGUCCCAGUCAGCCACCUCCAACACCAUCUUCAUCCGCACCACCGGCGAUCAGUGUGCGCGCCCCGUCUGGCCCACCGCCCCGUGCUCCGAAGCCUAAAUCUCUGCGGACAGGCGGAUCGGCAAACCCACCAUCUGCUCAAGGGUCACCCACCAAACCCCCCUCGUUACGCGGUGUGAGCAUGCGGGAGAAGGCACUUCCGUCCCUUGCUGGCGACGCAGCAGGCGGAGAAGAUUGGGAUGUUGAUGCGUUUAGUAAACGGUAUCCCAGCCUAAGCGGGCUGGAGAUGGUUGAGACGGAGAUCCCAAGACGUGAUGUUAGGGACGUUUGACGAGCUCUCCCGGAUCCAGUAUUGUUGUAAGCUUUCGCCAUUGGUUAUUAGCGAUCUCAUCAUUUGUGGUUGGAUGUUACGUAGGCAGCUCCGCCUAGACGAGUGUCGAGUUCGGUUCAGCAGGUACAUAUAGACGCAACACAUAUCUCACGUUGCAACACUUUGAACAUGUACCUCAGAUCCCCUCAUGCUGUCAAAACGAUGCGUGAGUUGCGUCGCCCUCGAUGAAGCCAAUCACACGGCGUCAUCGGGGCGCACGGACCACUCGCUUCGGCGCUAGCCGCUCCACACGCCCGGCAAUUUUGGCUCGAACUUUCGAACGAAUCCUCUCUCUCUU